CGCCGACCAGAGCGCGCGUGCCGCACCGCACCGCAGCCUAACAUAGACGCCGAACUUCCGAAACUUCAAGUGAAAUUAAUUAUUCAGUGCCGUGGGAUUUUCUAGUGCAAUACCAUAAUGUAGUAAUGUCUGCUAGUUUUGGCGGGUAAACAACACCAAUGACAUCGUCAAGGUAUCCACGAACGCUCAUGUGAACAAAAAUGUACAGUGCUAAAGUGACAGUUACGGAUAAGUGCGCGCGAGUGACGAGUGGGGUAAAAGUUAAAAUGUUGGUGUAAGAUUCCCACGACGUCGAACCUUUCCGAGUGGGGGGCGCUGGCGACGGCCAGCGAUGGUAUGGACGUUGUUCUGGGGAACGAGACCGAGGGCCCCCCCUGGAAUGCGACCGCGGAGGGGGCGCCUCCGGACCUCUACAACUACUGGGCGUGGAGCAUUGUCGACGGCGCGCUGAUGGUGCUCAUCAUCAGCGGGAAUACUCUCACCAUCCUCGCGGUUACCUUAUCCCGCCGGCUGUCGUCUCUCGUCUCCAACCAGUUCGUGCUCAACCUCGCCAUCUCAGACCUCAUGGUGGGAUUGACCCUGCCAUACCACCUGGUCUUCUACUUGGAUGAUGACUUCGGCAAGAUCAAGUGGUCCUGCUUGAUGCGGUUCAUCCUCAUCAUCCUCGCGUGCCUCGCAUCCAUUUACAACAUUAUCGCUAUAGCCGUAGAUAGGUAUAUAGCGAUAGUGCACCCUCUGCACUACAGCCGGUACAUGACGAAGGUGGUGACGCGGCUGCUGAUGAGCGCCACGUGGUCAGUCGCGCUCUGCAUCAGCUCCGUACCAGUCUUCUGGAACGACUGGCACGAGGGCGUCGCUUGCGAGAUGCAUAUGGUGGUGCCAAAGACGUAUACGACGAGCAUCUUAGCGCCGAUGUUCUCGCUCAUCUGGAUGGUGAUGUUCGUGCUGUACUGGCGCAUCUGGCGGGAAGCGACGUGCCACGCGCGGCGCCUGCGUGCCAACACCUGCUGCCCCGCCGGGGGCAACGACUGGAAGAGCAUACAGGUGGUACUACUAGUGCUGGGAUCGUUCUCGAUAUGCUGGAUGCCGUUCGUGGUUGUGGCGUGUGCGCAAACUCUACCCGUGAUGACAUUACACAACCCCAUAGCGUACCGUCUGACGUCAUCACUCGCCAUGUCCAACUCCGGCAUCAACCCGCUCAUCUACGCGUGGAAGAACGCAGGAUUCCGAGCCGCCUUCGCCAAGCUACUACGAUGCAAAAGACCUGAUACUUCAGAAUACAGAGGCUCGCCCGCGCCUGAGAGGAAGAGGGGAUCCGUGGCUCUUCGCGAAGGAUCCAUCACACGCUCCAGCGCUCCAGGUCUAACCAGCCUCGGCGGUAGACCAGCAAGGCUGUUGUACGUGGAGAGGGAAACAGACACGUCCAGAUGCCGAAUUAUAGAGAAUGCAGGGUAUGUGGACGGUGAACGGGGUGACGCCAACCCGUCGUACGCGCCCGACGGCCCAACCCCCGUGCACCGGCCCGCCAAUCGCCCCCCGGAGUCAGUCUAGUGUAAUUCAAGUGAAAUAAGUGAAAAAAGUGGACGUUCACAAACGUUUUGAGGGAAACGUGAAACGCUUCUAGGAUUUAAAGUUGUUAGUGUAGGUACCCCCUUCGCAUCUAGGUACCGUCUACGCUCAAGUUUUUAAAAGCUUUAUUGUUGAAUUUUUAUUGAGAGAUUCUAAUGAGUUUCCUGCCAUAAUGAAAUUUUUAACAUAAAGAGAGGUUUCUGCCGAAUAAAUUUGAGAUGUUUAAUGAAAUAAUUGUAACUAAAAUGUUCGAUGUAAUAUUGAAUUAAAUUAU